AUGGUUUUCAAAUCUCCAUCUUGGGUGCCAAGUCUGCCGUGUCCAAUUCCCGAUGAUAUCCCCGUUGGCGAAUUCGUGCUGAGCGGAUAUCAAAGCCCACGAGCAGAGACAUCCGGAGCCAGCCCGCUCAUCUGUGGUAUCACAGGAAAGCAGUACACGCUCAAUGCACUUCGCGAACAGGUAGACCUCGUUGCACCAAGCUUAAGCAACGAGCUUGGAUGGAAACCUAACGAAGGUGAAUCAUGGGACAAAGUCCUGGCUAUCUACAGCUUCAACUCUGUUGAAUACCUUAUCCUAUGCUGGGCCGUUCAUCGACUCAACGGUAUCUGCUUGACAAUCCACACCGGAAGCUCAAACAAAGAAAUCGAACAGCACUUGACUCGUUCCAAAUGCAAGGCCAUUUUCGUCUCUCCCAGUCUAUUGAAGACAUGUCUCCAAGUAACAAACCCAUUGGACAUCCCACAAAAAAAUAUCUACACCAUCCCCGUUCCCGGCGAGCCUGUGAGCACUGUAGAUGGCCACAAAAGCUUUGAGCAGCUUCUUGCAGCGGGUCCCGAUUUGCCAUCCUUGGAGCCGCUCAAAUGGGAAAGGGGCCAAGGAAAGAAACAGGUGGCUUACUUGGCUGCCACAAGUGGUACCUCUGGCUUACAGAAACUUGCCAAAAUCGGACACUACAAUAUCAUCGCUAAUAUCCUUCAAACCGCCACUUUCGACGGUGGAUAUACCCCCAGCCAACCUGAGAGUGGAAUUCUGUUCCUCCCAUUGAGUCACACGUACGCGCUUGAAGUGUCGCAUAUGUUGUUAUGGCGGGGAGAUGCCAUCAUUCUUCAGCCCAACUUCGACAUGAUGAAGAUGUUGAAAGCGGUUACUACCUUCAAACUGGAGCGUUUGUAUUUAGUCCCCGCCAUUGUUGGCGCAUUGAUCAAGAACCCAUUCUUGUUCCAAAUGUUUGAUUUGUCGUCAGUGAAAACAAUCAUUUCAGGUUCUGCGCCGUUUGACAAGAAUCUCGGUGAGGCCGUCAAGAAAGUCAGGCCCGAUUGGAAGAUUCUUCCUGGUUAUGGUCUUACUGAGAGUUCCAUUAUUGCAACAUUUACAAACGCCCACGACCAAAUGUACGGGUCUUCGGGAUCACUUCUACCCGAAGUUCAACUCCGACUAAUUGACGAAAAUGGAAUCGAUAUUGAAGAACAUGAAAAGCCUGGUGAAGUUCUAUUGAAGGGACCAAACAUCAUUUCUGGAUAUCUCAAUGAUCCCGAAGCCACUACAACCCUGAUUGACUCAGAAGGUUGGCUUCAUUCUGGUGAUGUUGGUCUGAUCAGGCUAUCACCUCAGCAGAACGAACAUCUAGUAAUUGUUGACCGCUUGAGAGAUAUGAUUAAAGUCAAGGGCAUGCAAGUUUCUCCCACCGACAUUGAAGCUGCGCUGAUUGUACACCCAGCUGUUCGUGACGUGGCUGUCAUUGGUGUUAAGGACGAACAUGCUGGUGAGCGUGCAAAGGCAUUUGUUGUAAGAUCACCGGAUACUAUGCAAGACCUUUCUGAAGAACAGGUAAAGGAAUCAAUCAGGGAGCAUGUGGAGAAACAUCUCAGCGAGUUGCAUUGGUUACACGACAGAAUUUCCUUUAUUGCCGAGAUUCCUAAGAACCAGAACAAUAAGAUUCUGAAAGUGAAGCUGAGAGCAAUGGAACGCGGCGAGUAA